AUGCUGCAGCAGCAAACGCUGCAGCAGCAGCACGAAGAAGAAUAUCAGCACGUUGUCCAGAGGCUGCAAGAGCAGAAGUUAAUAUACGAGCAGCAGCAGCAGCAGCAGCAGCAGCAGCAGCAGCAAUUGCUGCUGCUGCAGCAGGAACGAGAGCUUCAGCAGCGGCAAGAGCAGCAGCAGUUGCAGCAGCAGCUUUUGCUGCAGCAGAUGCAGCAGCAGCAGCAGCAGCAAUCAUAUCGCUCAGCAGCAGCACUGCGGUUAGCAGAUGAUUCAGAAGCAGCAGCAGCAACAGCAGCAGCAGCAGCAGCAGCUGCUGCUGCUGCUGCUGCAGAGCUUGAAGAGGGGGAGCGUGCUGCGCAGCAGGCGCAGCAAGAUGCUGCAGUAGCACAGAGUGCAGCAGCAGCAGCAGCAGAAGCAGCAGCAGGAGUGGAGGCAGCUGUAGCAGCAACAGCAGCAGCAGAAGCAAGUCGAGCAGCAGCAGCAGCAGCAGCAGAAAGAGUUCCAGCAUUAGCAGCACAAGGUAGUGUUGCUGCAGCAGCAGCAGCAGAUGCAGAAGCUGCUGCUGCUGUUGCAGAGCAAGCAGAGGCUCUCGUGCAUGCAGCCCUAGCAGACCUCCAAGCAGCAACGCAGCAGCAGCAGCAGCAGCAGCAGCAGCAGCAGCAGCAGCAGCAGCAGCAGCAGCAGAGACAGUCUGUGGGGAGGCCCCCCAGGCGCUCGUCAAGGCCUCACCUGCUGGGGGGUACCCUAAUACAAAACCAGCAGCAGCUGCAUCCGGCGCGGCUGCAGCAGCUGCUGCAGCAGCAGCAGCAGCAGCAGCAGCAGAUGCUGCAGCACAGACAGCAAACACCCUUUCUCCCGCAAACAACGAGAUUUCAGUAUAAACAACAGCAGCAACUGCAGCAGCAGCAGCUGCUGCAGCAGCAGCAGCAGCUGCAGCAGCAGCAGCUGCUGCAGCAGCAACGUGCUGCUGACACAUCCCCUGCUAGGGCCGUAUCUCCCCUCCACUACAGGCAGCGCUUGCUGCAGCAGCAGCAGCAGCAGCUGCAGCAGCAGCAGCAGCAGCAGCAGCAGCAGAGUGCUCGUGCUCAGGAGCUGCAAGAAAGAUUGCGGCAGGUAAUGAAGGAGGAGGAGCUCAGCAGGAUGGAGUUAGCUCUGCUGCAGCAGCAGCAGCAGCAGCAGCAACUGCAGCAGCAGCAACUGCAGCAGCAGCAGCUGCUGGCAGCAGACCUGCUGCAGCAGCAGCAGCAGCAGCAGCAGCAGAUGCUGCAGCACAGACAGCAAACACCCUUUCUCCCUCAAACGACGAGAUUUCAGUAUAAACAACAACAGCAACUGCAGCAGCAGCAGCUGCUGCAGCAGCAGCAGCAGCUGCAGCAGCAGCUGCAGCAGCAGCAGCAGCAGCAGCAGCAACGUGCUGCUGACACAUCCCCCGCUAGAGCCCAGCUGUAUAUACAAGCAGCAGAAGAAGAAGCAACAGCGCAGCAGCAGCAGCAGCAGCUGCUGCUGCAGCAGCAGCAGCAGCUGCUGCAGCAGCAGCAAAACAGCACUAUACGCGGCGAUGCCUGGACGGUUAGACCUGCAGCAGAAACUUUUUCCUUUGGUGAUGGUGGAGUGCAGCAGCAGCAGCAGCAGCAGCAACAGCAGCAGCUGCUGCAGCAGCAGCCGCUGCAGCAGCAGCAGCUGUCUCUUCAGCGCAGCAGCAGACAUGAAGGUCCUGCUGCUGCUGCUGCUUCUGCUGCUCUCGAUACACUAGCUGAUCAGCAGCAAAAGAUACAGACACACGCAUGCAGCUGCAGCAAUCUGCUGCUGCAGCAGCAGCAGCAGCAAGCAUAA